AUGGAUCUGCUGGUAGACCACUUGAUGUAAGUUUGAAUAAACGACUUUUGAAAUAUAUUUUUUCAAUUAUUUAUUUCAUUCCAGACAUUGGAAGAUUCACCAGCUCUCCUGUCACUUGGACUCAACAUCUUCUCGGCUUCCAGUAUUCAGAACUAAUGGUAAGGAUUCAACAUUCUAACAAUGUUAUAUAUUCAUCAGUUAUAUAUUUUUCAGGCAGUGAUAUCUCCGCCUGUACCGACUUGGAUGAAUUUUGGAAGUCUAGCGUUCACCAAGAACAUAAAUCACCGACUUCGCUCAAUAUGGUCAAUAUUUUUUAGGUCAGUUUUUUUUGUAAUCUAUGAAUAUAAGAAGUGAUAAAGUACCUGCAAACUACUGUUUAAUCGGAAGUUUGCAGCGAAAGAGAUAACACUUUACUAUGCCGUCUACUGAUCAACUUAUGGCAGAAAAAUGUCACUUCAUUCAUAAAAAACUCUGACAAAAUUUUCAAAACUCUGAUCUAAAAGCCUAAACCCAACCCUUCAAUCCAAAACUGUAGUUCGCGCAUCUUAUAAAAUUCUUACAGAUAUUGCCAACUCGGAAAAACAGCGAACGAGGAUCUGGACUGA